AUGUCCAAGUCCCUUCUUUACUGUGUUCCUGCUAUUUCUGCUCCUGUUUUAUCUGUUGUUGGUGAACGCUAUUACAAAGUUACUGGAGAGGCAUUAAGAGUAUGCGGGGAACUUAUUCGAGCAAACAUUAAGGUUUCUAAUUUUGAUUUCAAACCUUAUAUCCAUCCAAUAUAUAAUGUCAUCUUGUCACGAUUGACAAACCGAGAUCAAGACCUGUUUCAAACUGAGAAGAAGCAUUCAAAUUGUCUGGAUGUCUUAAACGAGACACACAACAGAGCCUCAGAUCAAAAGAUCCAAAUUGGUGCUGAUCUAGGUGAUGGUUACACAAAGCACAUUUUUAGAGGCUAG